AUGGGCGCUCUCGGCCGCCCGGAGCUGCCGCCGCUGUCCCUACAGGGUUUAGGGGACCCGGGUCGGCCGGCCCCCGAGGCUCCCGGGUCGCCUCCGCAGGCCGCUUCUGCGGUUGCUCGCCACCGCAGUCCUGCCCGCCCGGCUCCUUCGGGCUCUUUUGGUCGCUUUGCAAACACUGUCCUCCGCCUGGACCUGAGUCCCAGUUUCAUGCGCACUACCAUCUAUGAUAACACAGAAAUCCAGGAAGAGUGCAGUGGGAGCAAAAGGGAGGAAGCACAUGGUCAUGUCCACAUUCUGUUCUCUGCAGAUUGGCUUUACUUCAGUUUGAAUGUCCUCUUUUUCAGUGUUCUUCACCGCAGUUCUUGCUGUGGAAGGCUAGUAAGACAGCUUAGAGUGCCCUCCUCUUCAGGAAGACAGGACCACACUUUGGAAAGGAAACCUAAGAAGUUUUGUCUUUCUAAAACCAACUUUUCCAACAACAACGACUUCCGUGCUCUUCUGCAGUCUUUAUAUGCUACUUUCAAGGAGUUUAAAAUGCAUGAGCAAAUUGAGAAUGAAUACAUUAUUGGUUUACUUCAGCAACGCAGUCAGACCAUCUACAAUGUACAUUCUGACAAUAAACUCUCUGAGAUGCUUAGUCUCUUUGAAAAGGGGCUGAAGAAUGUUAAGAAUGAGUAUGAGCAGUUAAAUUAUGCAAAACAGCUGAAAGAGAGAUUGGAGGCUUUUACAAGAGAUUUUCUUCCUCACAUGAAAGAGGAAGAAGAGGUUUUUCAGCCCAUGUUAAUGGAAUAUUUUACAUAUGAAGAGCUUAAAGAUAUCAAAAAGAAAGUGAUUGCACAGCAUUGCUCACAGAAGGACACAGCAGAACUUCUUAGAGGUCUCAGCCUGUGGAAUCAAGCUGAAGAGCGACAGAAAUUUUUCAAAUAUUCUGUGGAUGAAAAAGCAGAUACAGAAGCGGAAGUGUCGGAACACUCCACAGGUAUAACCCAUCUUCCUCCUGAGGUAAUGCUGUCCAUUUUCAGUUAUCUUAAUCCUCAAGAAUUGUGUCGGUGCAGUCAAGUCAGUACUAAGUGGUCUCAGCUGGCAAAAACAGGAUCUUUGUGGAAACAUCUUUACCCUGUUCAUUGGGCCAGAGGUGACUGGUAUAGUGGUCCUGCCACUGAACUUGACACGGAACCUGACGAGGAGUGGGUGAGAAGUAGGAAAGAUGAAAGUCGUGCUUUUCAGGAGUGGGAUGAAGACGCCGAUAGAGAUGAAUCUGAAGAGUCUGCAGAGGAAUCGAUUGCUAUCAGCAUUGCACAAAUGGAAAAACGUUUACUCCAUGGCUUAAUUCAUAAUGUUCUGCCAUAUGUUGGUACCUCUGUAAAAACUUUAGUGUUAGCAUACAGCUCUGCAGUCUCCAGCAAAAUGGUUAGGCAGAUUUUAGAGCUUUGUCCUAACCUGGAACAUCUGGAUCUUACCCAGACUGAUAUUUCCGAUUCUGCAUUUGACAGUUGGUCUUGGCUUGGUUGCUGCCAGAGUCUUCGGCAUCUUGAUCUAUCUGGAUGUGAAAAAAUCACAGACAUGGCUCUAGAGAAGAUUUCUAGAGCUCUUGGAGUUCUAACAUCUUACCAGAGUGACUUUUUGAAAAGUGCAGGCAAGGCUGUUUCAAGUCCAUGGACAAAUAAAGACAUCACCAUGCAGUCCCCCAAGCAGUUUGCUUGUUUGCACAAUUUGAAUGACAAAGGUGUUGGUGAAGAAAUAGACAACGAGCACACUUGGACUAAAUCUGUGUCUUCUGAAAGUUUGACUUCUCCUUACGUGUGGAUGCUAGAUGCCGAAGAUUUAGCCGAUAUUGAAGAUGCAGUAGAAUGGAGACAUAGAAAUGUUGAAAGUCUGUGUGUAAUGGAAACAGCCUCCAACUUUGGUUGUUCUUCAUCUGGUUGUUACAGUAAGGACUUGGUGGGAUUAAGGACUAGUGUGUGUUGGCAGCAGCAUUGUGCUUCUCCAGCCCUUGCAUAUUGUGGCCAUUCAUUCUGUUGCACAGGGACAGCUCUGAGGACUAUGUCUACUCUCCCAACGACUUCUGCAAUGUGUAGAAAAGCAUUAAGGACUACAUUGCCCAGGGGAAAAGACUUAAUUUAUUUUGGGAGUGAAAAGUCUGACCAAGAGACUGGACGAGUACUUUUGUUCCUCAGUCUAUCGGGAUGUUAUCAGAUCACAGACCAUGGUCUCAGGGUUUUGACUCUGGGAGGAGGACUGCCUUACUUGGAGCACCUUAAUCUCUCUGGCUGUCUUACUGUAACUGGUGCAGGGCUGCAGGAUUUGGUCUCAGCAUGUCCUUCCCUAAAUGAUGAAUACUUUUACUACUGUGACAACAUUAACGGUCCUCAUGCUGAUACCGCCAGUGGAUGCCAGAAUUUGCAGUGUGGUUUUCGAGCCUGCUGCCGCUCUGGCGAAUGACCCCUGACUUCUGACCUUUGUGUACUUCAUUUAGCUGAGCAGGCUUCCUUUCAUGCACUUUACUUAUAGCACAUUUCUUGUGUUAACAUCCCCCUUUUUGGAUUGUUUUGGCCUCAUUUCUUACAGUCUCAGAAAUUUAAUUUAGCAGUGAAUUGUACAGUGUUGUUUUUCCUUGCAAAGUAUAUUUUUGUUUUAGAAAGGGAUCAGGAUUUUUUAUUAGGGUGAGAACAGUCUUACUGGUUUCUUUUAAAUGAAAUGCUUUAAAAAGAGUAUCACUAAUGCCAUGGUAUUUAAAGUAUUUUUAGAUUAUUUUGCAUUUAGUCAGUGGGGGUUAUUGGUUCUCUAUGUGUAAACACUGUACCAAGUUUUGCAGAUCCUUUCAGAUACUCUUUCUGAAGUUUUAUUUUCAAAGACUGGACAUUUUGGAAACAAAUCUCUUUUUUCCUAACAUUUUCUUUAUUUUAACAAUUCUUAGGGGCCAAUUCAAACACAUCUAGAGAUGAGAUUCUUUAAGAUUGUAGAAUAAAUUGGCCUCUCAGUGUGGCUCAGUGAGCUAGCAAAAGCACCUGUCUAUUUGUGUUUGCUUUUGACACCUGAUUCCACUACUGUCCCUAAACUGUCGAAUGUGGGAGGGAUUUUUAAAAUUCCGUAAGUGUUUGAAGAAAUGUAUAAAUAAAAACUACUUUGAGAACUUUA